AUGAGCUCUACCAUAUUCUGGCCUCUGCAUUUGAAAUAUGAAGAAGAUAAUUAUAGCACAGAGGAUGUAACUGCUGUGGCAAUACAAUUACCAGAAACAGAUCCCGUUGUACUGAAAUUGAUACCAACGAAGUUAUGUAAAGAUAAUGAAUUGAAACCUCCAUAUUUAUCUGUUGCAACAAGGCUACGAAAUUGUAAAGAAUGGCAAUUUAUAGAUGUCCAAUGCACAAUUGUUGAAUUUAAAGCACCAAAUAUUUCCAUGCUACAAUUUUUUUCAAUAAAACCAAUCCUAUUAACUUUACCUGAUAGAACUGUUGAUUCUGGAUGUGCUAAACUUUAUUCUAACAAAAAUAUUGAAAAGAUAUGUGAGAAUGAAAGUUUAGUAAGUACAGAAAGUCGUCUUCAACCUACUAUCAGUUUAUUGAAUAUAUACUUUACACAAUUGCUUGCUUUUCAAAAACAAUAUCCAACAUAUAAUAUAGAAAAUAAAAAAGGGUAUAGUUAUAAUGAACAAAAUAUAUGGAACUUAAUUAAAAGUAUAAUGUCCCCAAUUAAAAAUACCAAAGUAGAUGAAUAUAUGAACUAUAUUAUAUUCUAUAUUACAAUACUUAUUUAUUUUAUAGCAGAAAAGGUAUCUAUCAUAUUAAGAUGGAGGAAUUUCAAUAUAGUUACUUUUUCUCAAACAUUUCAGCAAAUUGACCUGAAGUGUCAACAAUAUUGUUACUUUCCAAUCCAAUAUCUCCGAAUUACUAAAAAUAUUGCUAUAAGGGAGGCAUUACCUCGUGUUACAACGGAAUCAAGGACAUCAGACAGCCUAUUCAAAGAUUUACCAACAGAUUACUAUCCUGACUAUAUAAGAUUUUACAAUACAAUUUGGUUAAUGUUAAAUGACAUAUCUUUUGGUUUAAUUUUGGCUUCAAUACUUUAUCAGUACAAGCACUUGAUAUCAAAUAUUCUACACAAAAUAUUUACCUUUUACUUAUAUGAUCUAUUGAAAAUGGUUACGUCUGAACUUUCAAGAAACCCUUUUGGCAUAAAAUUAAACCAAGAAUUAAGUUCAUUUUUAAGUGAAUUAUUUUUAUGGAUUAUUGAAAAUUCUUAUGCUAACUUCAUUAAUGUGAUAAUCUCUGUAAAGACUUUGGAAAUUUUCAUUGGUUAUUGUGCAUAUAUUAGUAGCGUAUUUGGAGCAACAUUUGCAUUGUCACUAAUGGUUGAUUUUAUCUCAAUUUUAUCCAUACAUAUUCAACUAUUCUAUCUAAUCAGUAGGAAAAUAUAUUUUUGGCAAUAUAACAGCAUUAAUAGCUUUUGGUAUUUAUUUCGAGGCAAAAAAAAUAACGUUUUACGUAAAAGAAUUGAUCAUCAUGAUUUUGAACUUGACCAGUUAUUAAUGGGUACGUUACUUUUUAUCAUAUUGAUGUUUUUGCUACCAACAGUAUUAGCAUUCUAUAUAUCAUACGCUAGUUUCCAAUUAGUAAUUAUUUUAGUGGAAAUUUUAAUUGAAUCCCUCAUUUCCCUAUUAAAUCAUUUCCCACUUUUUGCUUUACUACUAAGAGUGAAAGAUAAAGAAAGAAUUCCAGGUGGAAUUUAUUUUGAAAUGGAAGAGCCAAGCAAUGUUUUGAAAUUUAAAUUGAAAAGUAAACCAUUACCAAUAUCUAUGAUGUUCAAACCUUAUGCAGAAUUAAUGAACACUUUAAGUAGCAGUUAUUUUGGAUCUUCAUUAGUGAAAAAAUUAAUAAGAGGGCAAACUAUUGCAGUUAAUAGAAAUAAAUUAUACCAAGUACUGUAUUCAUCUUUACCAAUUCAAUCGAUGAGCUUUGAUGAUAUUUUAAAAAAAUUCAUGUAUGCAGAAACCAUAAAUAUGACAAGUGGAAUCAACAGUAAUAAUCCUAACAACGUUAUUAGCAAAAAUAGCGAAAUAAGUACCUUAUAG